UUGCCACUGAACAUAAGCUUGAGGAUGCUUAUAGACUUAUUGAACAACCGGGCUGGCAGACAUUGCUCACGAUCAUCAGAGAAAGCACAUGAUCCUAAAUACCCAAAGAAUUGUAAUCAAACACACAUUUUUUUGUGUCAAAAUCGAUAUGUAGUUCGUCCCGAUCUGGUAAUAUUUCCCUUUUGGGCCAUUUUAUCUAGAAGCUUCGAGAUGGGCGAUGGCACCGGGUAAAUCUCGAUUUUUUUUUUGGCCAUUGAAGAUUUUUUCAAUAUAAGAACAUCAUGACGACAAGAAUAAAAGCCAUACAAGUACAAUUUUUUGAAUUUUCCCUUAAAAAGUUAGUUCAAUUAUAACAGAUCAUACAAAAUGAGUUCUCCAUUUGGUUUAGAUUUCGGUAACCACAACUCUGUUGUCGCCGUUGCCAAAAACAGAGGUAUCGACGUUGUCGUCAAUGAAGUUUCCAACCGUUCAACACCAUCUUUGAUUGGUUUUGGUUACAAGAACCGUUUCAUUGGUGAAACUGGUAAAUCUCAACAAACUUCAAACAUCAAAAACACUGUUGAUAACAUCAAGAGAAUUGUUGGUUUAGAUUACAACCACCCAGAUGUCGCCCAUGAACAAAAGUUCUUCUCUACUGAAUUAGUUGAUAUUGAUGGUAAAGUUGGUGCUAAAGUUAAAUUUUUGGGUAAAACUGAAGAAUUCACUUCCACUCAAUUAGCUGCUAUGUACUUCAACAAAAUCAAAGAUCAAGUCACUAAAGAAUCUAAAAGUAAAAUUGAAGAUAUUUGUGUUGCCGUUCCAAUCUGGUACUCACAAGUUCAACGUCAUGCUAUCGCUGACGCUGCUAGAAUCGCUGGUUUAAACCCAGUCAGAAUUGUCAAUGAUUUAACUGCUGCCGCUGUUGGUUACGGUGUUUUCAAGACUGAUUUCCCAGAAGAUAAAGCUCAAAACAUCGCUUUUGUUGAUAUUGGUCACUCUUCAUAUGGUAUCACCAUUGCUGCUUUGAAGAAAGGUGAAUUGAAGGUUUUAGGUUCAGCUUAUGACAAAAACUUUGGUGGUAGAGAUUUUGAUUUUGCCAUUGCUAACCAUUUCGCUGAUGAAUUAGACUCAAAAUACAAAGUCAAAGUUCGUGAAAAUCCAAAAUCAUUCUCACGUAUCUUGGCCUCUGCUGAAAGAAUCAAGAAAAUCUUGUCAGCAAACAGUCAAGCACCAUUCUCUGUUGAAUCAGUUAUCAACGAUAUUGAUUUCUCUUCAUCAUUAACCAGAGAAAAAUUAGAGGAAUUAGUCGCCCCAUUAUUAGAACGUGUUGAUGUUCCAGUUCAAACCGCUUUGAAAAAUGCCGGUUUAACUUCAGAAGAUAUUGAUUACGUUGAAGUUAUCGGUGGUGGUUCAAGAGUUCCAACUUUGAAAGACAGAAUUUCUGAAGCUUUUGGUAAACCAUUAUCAUUCCACUUGAACCAAGAUGAAGCUAUUGCUAAAGGUGCUACUUUCAUCUGUGCUAUUCACUCACCAACUUUAAGAGUUCGUCCAUUCAAAUUCACUGAUGUUAACCCACACUCAGUCUCAUACUUCUGGGACAAGCAAGUUGAAGAUGAUGAUGACCACUUAGAAGUUUUCCCAACUGGUUCUCCAUUCCCAUCAACUAAAGUUAUCACUUUAGAACGUACUCAAGAUUUCAAAGUUGAAGCCAAAUACACCAACAAAUCAGAAUUACCAGCCGGUACUGAAGUUGAUAUUGCUUCAUGGGAAAUCAAAGGUGUUAAACCAGCUGAAGGUCAACAAACCAUCACUGUUAAAGCUAAAUUAAGAAACAAUGAAUCUGGUUUCUACAGCAUUGAAUCUGCUUACACUGUUGAAGAAGUUGAAGUUGAAGAAGAAAUUCCAUAUGAAGGUGAAGGUGAAAAACCAGAAGAUUACGAACCAAAAUACAAAACAGUUAAACAACUUGUCAAGAAAGAUGAUUUAACUAUUGUCACACAUGAUGCUUCAUUACCAGAAAAAACCUUGAAUGAUUACAUGGAAAAAGAAGGUCAAUUGACUGCUGGUGAUGAAUUAGUCUUCAAGAUCCAAAACAAGAGAAAUGAAAUUGAAGAAUACAUUUAUGAUUUCAGAAGUAAAUUAGAUGACAUUUAUGCUAAAUUUGUCUCUGAACAAGAAAAAGAAGAUUUAUCAUCAUUAUUAUUGAAAGCUGAAGAUUGGUUAUAUGAUCACGAAGAUUCCUCAUUAGGUGUCUUCACUGCUAAAUAUGAAGAAUUGGCUUCAAAGGGUAACUUGAUCAAAGGUAGAUACUUACAAGCUGAAAAUGAAAAAUUAGAAGCUGAAAGAGCUAAGAAAGAAGCUGAAGCCUACCAAAAAUUCUCCCAAAAAUUAAAAGAUCAAAAUGAUACCCCAGCUGAAGAACCAAAGAAAGAUGCUGAAGGUGAUUUAGAUCUUGAUUAA